GCGACCUCCGGAGCGGCGGCGGCGGCGGCGGAGUUCGGGCUGCUGCGCGGGCGCCGGGUUCGCGGCCGGCCGGCGCAGGAGGACCAGCACCUAGAGCCGGGCCACAGCCCGCGACUUGGUGACCAAGCGGCGGCGCUGCUGCUGCGGGGCUCGGGCGCGCGGCCCGGCGGGACCGAGGACGGCGGGGCAGCAGGGCGCGGGCGCCGCGGGCCGGGGCGCGCCAGAUGAUGGAUUUGGACGUGCUUCUAUGAAGAAAUGCCACGUGUCUCAACUGGUCCAAGAACAAACAUGUCCAGACUACUGCCACCUUAGGGGACUAAGGCUUGGUGACAGCACUUCCCGGGGAAUCAGGCGUGGUCUGACCCAGGAACAGGAAGCACAUCAUCACCAAUGACAUCAUGACAGCAAGAGAGCACAGCCCUCGCCAUGGCGCCAGGGCCCGUGCGAUGCAGCGGGCUUCCACCAUUGAUGUGGCAGCCGACAUGCUGGGCCUCUCUCUGGCCGGAAAUAUACAAGAUCCAGAUGAGCCCAUUUUAGAAUUCAGCUUAGCUUGCAGUGAGUUGCAUACUCCAUCACUAGAUCGAAAACCAAAUAGUUUUGUAGCAGUGAGCGUCACCACCCCUCCUCAGGCAUUCUGGACAAAACACGCGCAGACGGAGAUCAUCGAGGGAACCAACAAUCCUAUAUUUCUAAGCAGUAUUGCCUUCUUUCAAGACUCUCUUAUCAAUCAGAUGACCCAAAUCAAACUCUCCGUGUAUGAUGUCAAAGAUCGAUCUCAGGGAACAAUGUAUUUACUGGGUUCUGGAACAUUCAUUGUCAAAGAUCUGCUCCAGGACAGGCAUCAUAGGUUGCAUUUAACACUAAGAUCUGCGGAGAGUGACCGCGUGGGUAACAUCACCGUGAUCGGCUGGCAGAUGGAGGAGAAGUCAGACCAGCGGCCCCCUGUGACCCGGUCUCUGGACACCGUCAAUGGGAGGAUGGUUCUCCCUGUUGAUGAGAGCUUGACAGAGGCGCUGGGAAUCCGAUCCAAGUAUGCUUCGUUGCGAAAAGACACUUUACUGAAAUCGGUGUUCGGCGGCGCCAUCUGCCGCAUGUACCGGUUCCCCACCACAGACGGCAACCACCUGCGGAUCCUGGAGCAGAUGGCAGAGAGCCUGCUCUCCUUGCACGUGCCCCGGCAGUUCGUGAAGCUCCUGCUGGAAGAAGACGCAGCCAGAGUGUGUGAGCUGGAGGAGUUGGGGGAUCUGUCCCCUUGCUGGGAGAGCCUCCGGCGCCAGAUUGUCACUCAGUACCAGACCAUCAUCCUCACGUACCAGGAGAACCUGACUGACCUCCAUCAGUACAAAGGUCCCUCGUUUAAAGCAAGCAGUUUGAAAGCAGAUAAAAAGUUAGAAUUUGUUCCCACAAACUUGCACAUACAGAGGAUGAGAGUUCAAGACGAUGGGGGGUCAGAUCAGAACUACGACAUUGUCACCAUCGGGGCACCAGCUGCGCACUGCCAAGGUUUUAAGUCAGGAGGUCUCCGCAAAAAGCUGCACAAAUUUGAAGAGACCAAGAAGCACAGUUUUGAGGAGUGUUGUACACCAUCCAGCUGCCAGUCCAUAAUCUACAUACCACAGGACAUCAUCAGAGCCAAGGAGAUCAUUGCCCAGAUCAAUACCCUGAAAACCCAAGUGAGUUACUAUGCAGAGCGGCUCUCGAGGGCGGCCAAGGACAGGUCUGCCACUGGCCUCGAAAGAACCCUCGCCAUCCUGGCAGACAAGACCCGGCAGCUGGUCACCGUGUGCGACUGCAAGCUGCUGGCCAACUCCAUCCAUGGGCUGAACGCGGCGCGGCCCGACUACAUUGCCUCUAAGGCCUCCCCCACGUCGAGUGAGGAGGAGCAGGUGAUGCUUAGGAACGACCAGGACACCCUCAUGGCCAGGUGGACGGGGAGGAACAGCCGGUCUUCUCUGCAGGUGGACUGGCACGAGGAGGAGUGGGAAAAAGUGUGGCUGAACGUCGACAAGAGCCUGGAGUGCAUCAUUCAGCGGGUGGACAAGCUGCUGCAGAAGGAGCGCCUGCAUGGCGAAGGCUGUGAGGAUGUCUUCCCGUGCGCGGGCAGCUGUACCAGCAAGAAAGGUAACCGGGACAGCCACGCCUACUGGAUCAACCCGGAAGACCCCUUCUGCAAUGUGCCCUCCUCACCAUGCCCCUCCACCAUCUGCUCGAUGCCAUCCUCACCUGCAUGCCAUCCUCACCUGACCACACAUUGCAGCCCCCCUCCUGACGAGUCCAGCCCAGGUGAAUGGAGCGAGGCCCUUUACCCCCUGCUGACCACCCUCACAGACUGCGUGGCCAUGAUGAGCGACAAGGCCAAGAAGGCAAUGGUCUUCCUGCUUAUGCAGGACAGUGCUCCCACCAUAGCCACGUACCUGAGCCUGCAAUACCGCCGUGAUGUGGUCUUCUGCCAAACCCUGACCGCUCUCAUCUGUGGCUUCAUCAUCAAGCUGAGGAACUGCCUGCAUGACGACGGCUUCCUGCGGCAGCUCUACACCAUCGGGCUGCUGGCCCAGUUCGAGAGCCUGCUGAGCACCUACGGUGAGGAGCUGGCCAUGCUGGAGGACAUGAGCCUCGGAAUCAUGGACCUGAGGAACGUGACCUUCAAAGUCACUCAGGCCACGUCUAAUGCAUCGACUGACAUGCUGCCUGUCAUCACUGGAAAUCGUGAUGGGUUUAACGUGCGGAUCCCGCUACCGGGCCCCCUGUUCGACGCGCUGCCCCGGGAGAUCCAGAGCGGCAUGCUACUGCGGGUGCAGCCCGUCCUCUUCAACGUGGGCAUCAACGAGCAGCAGACGCUGGCCGAGAGGUUUGGCGAUACAUCUUUACAAGAAGUUAUCAACGUGGAAAGUUUGGUGCGGUUAAACUCCUACUUUGAGCAGUUUAAGGAGGUUUUGCCUGAGGACUGCCUACCUCGAUCUCGGAGCCAGACGUGCCUGCCGGAGCUGCUGCGUUUUCUGGGCCAGAAUGUACACGCCAGGAAGAAUAAGAACGUCGACAUUCUCUGGCAAGCCGCUGAGAUCUGCCGCCGCCUUAAUGGGGUCCGGUUCACCAGCUGCAAGAGCGCCAAGGACCGCACGGCCAUGUCGGUGACGCUGGAGCAGUGCCUGAUCCUGCAGCACGAGCACGGCAUGGCCCCGCAGGUGUUCACCCAGGCACUGGAGUGCAUGCGCAGUGAGGGUUGUCGAAGAGAAAAUACAAUGAAGAAUGUUGGAAGUCGCAAAUAUGCAUUUAAUUCCCUGCAGCUGAAGGCUUUCCCCAAGCAUUACAGGCCUCCCGAAGGGACUUACGGAAAAGUUGAAACAUGAACACAUGGUUCCUCUAAUUAGCUGUUACAUACUAAAUGUGGGUACCCUGUAGUGUCAUAUUUGAAUUCUUCAAGAAGACCUGAAGGAUUGGUUUUUAUUUUUGUGUUUUUUAAAAAAAAAAUUCACUAAAAAGUCUAUGGAGCAUGUUUUCCACUGGAAUCAGUAGGAGGUAAUGUUUGGCUCAAUAGUGUGGAUCAUAGCGACUGCCCAUUUAAAUAGCCUCAGCCAUAACCACACAGAUAUCAUCGAUAGUUACCUGUAUGAAUCAAGCUAGAUAUGUCUGAAAUGCUAAAAGACUUUUUAAAAUGCCCACUUAGGCAGCUGCACACCUAAUGUAUUUUUCUACUGAGUAACUCAAAAUUGAGCAUUGAAUUACAGUCUACUUUUAAAAACUCUGAAUGUAAAACAGUAAAUAAUAUAUUGAAUUAUUGGAUCCUGGGCAGACCAGUAGAUGUUAAAUGUUAACUCAAGUUUUGGGGGAAGAAGGUAGCUGUAGCUCGUGUAGUGACAGCAAGUGGUUCCGACGAACUGUCCUACCUGUGACAGCACAGGGGAAACCAGAAGGUGAAGUAAAGGUUGCUAAGUCAGCCUGAGAUAAGACUUCACUGGAAGGUGGUACCUGCGCAGCGGCCCACACAGUGGGGUCCCCCUCUGCCCCCGAUGCGUCGUAGAACAGGGUGUGUGCUGGAGAAUGUGAAGCCAGCAGUCCCGUGCUCUGCAGCUCUGGCUGGUCCUGCCCCUGGGGCACGCCUCCCCUCCUCCCCCGGGUGUUGAGUUCUGUCACUCCAGGACCCCCACGCCUGAGGUGUCUGCUGCCUCUCAGACAACUGGGGCGGGGGGGGUUAUGCGUGUAGGUGCUGGAAGCCUAUUUUCAGAACAUAUGUGCUUUUGUGGGUUUCCCAAUUUAUCGUCUUCUAGAAGAUGGUGCAAUCAUGUUGGAUUGUCUGAUGAAAGUUUCUCUUAGGUUUGCAGCACUUGUUACUGUCCUCUUCGCAUUCUGUUAUGUAAGAUGACUAUUGAGAAAGUUGAAUUUAUCUCCUACAGUGAGAGUUUGAAAGGGAUUACUAGGCCAUAAAACUUAGGAAUUUCAUAGAAAAUUAUGUCCAGUCAUCUAUUAUAAGAUGAUAAGUCUUAUCUGCACAUAGCAGAGAUUUUUCUUAGUUUAUACGUUUAUCAGUUCUGUUUGUCAUGAUUAUUAUGUUUACAUGUUAUUUAAAAGGCUGUAAAAGAAAUCUAUGUGGCACAUAUCCAUGAUGCUGAUCCUAAUGACUUGUGAACCCGCAGGAAAUUUCCUCGGUCUAAAAUUUGAGGUGUUAUUCGUGGGCUCCUUUAGACAUGCCGCUUGGAAAUGUGUAACAUCCUCGGGCUGCUGAGGCACAGGCAAGGCCACCCACUGGCAGGGACCCAGAGGGGUAGGCGCGCGGGUGAGGGUGGAACUGGGUGGAAGACCUUCCAGAGCCUUCCUGCGCAGCCAGAGCCUGCUUGUGUGGGUGCCCGUUGGUCAGGUGUGAGCGGAUGCGGAGGACGCACCAGGGAGCGAUGGCGGCCGCUCAUGCCUGGCCCACAGCUGGCUCUCUGUGGAGGGUGCAGGCGGAGACCGAGGCGGCGGCAGCUGGCGUCACAUUCUCCUGCUGUAUCGGUCCCUGUUCAAAGACAGUUUGCAGGAUGGCUGAUUUUCUCACCCCUCCCCCGUUUCAUUUAAGUUGUAAUUUCUCUAGUGUCUACCUAGUUCCAUCUUUUCUCGUUUUAACAUCACUACCUUUAAAGAAUUCCCUUAUCUUUUUAAAUUAAAUGUUACCCAUAUUGUUUCCAGAAUUUUCUUUUUUUUUUUUGUCUGAAGAGCAUUAAGUACCCGCAUUUAUCAAAAGGGAAUAUAGCAAACGUUGAGUCAUCUGUUAGCAGUUUUGCAUGUGGCACCUUUAUGUGAAUUAUUUCUCCCACUUUGGCUUCCUGUUAAGGAUCACCGUUAAAACUCUAAGACUUGGCUAAUGGUGCAGAAACCGUUGAGGUUUCAGUAUUCCCUGCGAGCACUACUCCCGGCUGCCGCGGGAGAGCGUGGGGCCGCCUUGCGCCGGCGUCACGCCCGCCCCCGCCACUCCCGCGGCGCCACGCCGUCCCCACGCUCGCCGUCCCCACGCUCGCCGUCCCCACGCUCGCGGCGCCAGGGCACGCCCGCCGUCAUGGCGGGCCGGGGCUCCUCAGGGGAGCCGGGAGCUCUGAGUCUUCAGCUGCACGGGGAAAGCCGUUUUCCAGGUUACCGUAAAACAGAUUCCGUCCAGUGUUCCUGAGAAGGCCCCUCAUUUGAGAAGAAACGUUGAGACCUACUGAAAACGUGGGAUGUGACGUGGAUUCUAAGCACCUGCAGCACAGUUGCCUUUGGUUUCCUUGAAAAAUGUACAAAUGUUGUAUAAUACGGUUUUGUCCCUCCGCAGUUGUAUUUGCCAAGCUUAGUGAAUUAAAGUACUUUUAUUUAUUUGUUUUGGGUGGGCUGUAUUAAUAUAUAUAAACAUACAGUUACUGUUUUAUAUAUUCUUAGCUCAUUCAAAGCCAUGUAUGCUGUAAAUGUGCUAGUCUUUAGAAUGACAAACAAUAAAUAACUGACAAGAAGGUUAAA